AUGGAGAAAUUACAGAGCAUUCCGAUGAAGAAAACUCUUGGCCGUCAAAAGAUCGAAAUAAAAAAGUUAGAGAAAAAAAGUACUAAACAAGUAACGUUUUCAAAGCGUCGUGCUGGACUUUUCAAGAAAGCUGGUGAGCUCUCUAUUCUUUGCGGAGUAGAGGUAGCCAUUAUUGUCUUCUCUCCCAACGAUAAGGUUUUUUGUUUCGGUCAUCCCGAUGUGGAAGGGCUUUUGGAUCGAUAUCUGAACAAAAAUUUAUCGCCGCCGAAGCCAGCAGAGAGUUACAUUCCUGUAGAAGAGUUUAAUCGUGAUUUCGCCGAUGUCGCUUUGGAGUUUGAGACAGAGAAGAAGCGAGCAACGGAUUUGAUUCGGGCGGCAGAGGAUUCAAGGAAGAACGGCAGAUUUUGGUGGCAGGAACCAGUGGAAGGGAUGAGAUUGGAUGAGUUGAAGGUGUUCCGAUCGGCAUUGAUGGAUUUGAGAGCCAGAGUGGCAGAGAGAGUUGAGAAAUUGACAGCGGCAAGAAUUGGAGGGCUUCUUUUGCCUGCUCUUCCACCGCCGCCACAGUCGAUGACAUCGUCGUCGUUUCACCUUGCUGGAAAUCAACAACCAUUGCCACCUCCGACGGUGUUUGAACUCGCCGGAAACCACUCUACGCAACGGGGUUAG